AAAAAAUAUACGAUAAGAGUUGCUACAAUCACAAUAAACAGUUGAAAAUAAACUUGAAUUAAAUGACCACAUCCACAUGUCACUGCCGCGCAUCACGGACUAUGAUAUUCUCGAGAAACUUGGAGUGGGCAGCUAUGCAUCCGUCUACAAAGCGCGCCACAAAAAGCAGCGAACUUAUCAUGCCAUCAAAUAUGUGGAAAUGUCAACGUUAUCGCAAACCUCACGAGAGAAUCUAAUAACGGAAAUACGCCUCCUCAGGGACCUCAAACACAAGUACAUUGUUACGUUGCAGGAUUUCUUCUGGGACGAUAAAAACAUUUAUAUUGUGUUGGAGUACUGCAAUGCCGGCAACCUCUCUGCUUUUAUUCGCACCAAGAAGGCCCUGCCGGAGACCACCUGCCGCUAUUUUCUACGCCAGUUGGCCGCCGCCGUGCAGUAUAUGCGGGCCAACGAUGUGUCCCACUUUGACCUGAAGCCCCAGAACCUUCUCCUCACACGAGGAGCCAAUAAUGUCUCUCUUAAAGUAGCUGACUUUGGAUUUGCCCAGCACUUGAAGCUGGGCGAAAUUAAUCAGCAGUUGAAGGGAUCACCGCUGUAUAUGGCCCCGGAGAUUGUGCGCAAGCACCAGUACGAUGCUAAGGCGGAUCUCUGGAGCAUUGGUGUGAUCCUGUACGAGUGCCUGUUCGGCAAGGCGCCUUAUAGCUCGCGGACCAUUGAGGAGCUGCUGUUGAAGAUACGCACUGCCGAACCCAUUACACUGCCACCAAAUGCUCGCAUCAGCAACGAGUGUCACGAUCUCUUGGGCCGCCUGCUGUCCCACGAACCAACGGAACGCAUUUCUUUUGCGGAUUUCUUUGCGCAUCCGUUUCUAGAUCUCAAGACGUUUCCCACGGAGCACACGCUGCAGAAGGCCAUCGAUCUGGUCACGCAGGCGUGUGAAUACGAUGAGAAGCACAACUACAAGGAGGCUUAUUAUCUAUACUGCAGCGCGCUGCAAUAUUUUGUGCCGCUGAUCACGGAGGAAUCGGAUGCCCCCAAGCGGCAGGCCUUGCGCAACCGAGCGCUGACCUACAUGAAGCGCGCUGAGGAGAUCAAAAACUGUAUAAUCGAGGAUGAGUACAAACAGCUGGCACUGCGGCAACAAAAGGCUGCUGCUGCUGCAUUAGCAGCCGAACAUUCCACAGAGGCUCUCCAAACCGCAGAGCCACAGCCUAGUGGGUCGACGGUGGCGGAGAUGCUAGAGCCAGAUGCACGAUACAAGCAGCUAUUUGCCUUGUCGAACUCUAGUCCGUCCCUGAAAACAGGCCUAGAGAUCGGACGCAAGGGAGAGCUGUAUCUGUACGAGCGGAAGCUGGAAGCAGCUCUGGAGUCGUAUACCUCAGCACUGGGCAUUCUGGUGCCUUUCGUGAACAAUGAACCAAAGGGGGAACGUCGCAAUCUAUUAUUGCAACAGUUGGAGUUUUGGAUGAAGGAGGCGGAGAGCAUUAAGAGUAUAUUGAGCGCCAAGAACUUGGACGAAGAGGAACGGAAGCUGUCCACGCGCACCAUCAUCAGAACCAACACAUUCCUCGGAUGGUCGAAUCCUCCAAAGCUAUACCUACUUUUAUUCAUUGUUUUUAAUUUGAUUAAAAUCGUUUAAUUGAUAACCGCA